AUGCCUGAAAUCAUCGACGAUAAAUCGCAAUACUGCAUCCCAUUCCUACUGAAACGGCUGGAAGCCCACCAGGCACGCUAUGGGAAUGACCCAAGCAAUACCCCGCCAUUCUUCCUAGGACUCAAUGGCGUCCAAGGAGCGGGCAAGACUGUGCUGGUCUCAAUCCUUCAAUCCACCCUUCGAGCACCUCCAUAUUCCCUCCCGGUCGUCACCAUCUCCCUGGAUGAUUUCUACCUCACCCAUGAGCAGCAACAGACACUAGCCAAAACCUUUCCUUCCAAUCCUCUUCUCCAGCAUCGCGGUCAACCGGCAACUCACGAUCUCCCUCUAGCCGAAAAAGUCUUUGAGUCUCUCCGUGCUGGCCGUCCUACCGCUAUCCCGCAAUAUGACAAGUCCGCUUAUUCGGGACAGGGCGAUCGUGUACCCGAGAGCCAAUGGGAGACAGUCAACGGCGACGGACAAGACAAAAUCAAAGUUGUUAUCUUCGAAGGCUGGUGCGUUGGCUUCCGCGCCCUGGAUGAUCGUGUCCUCAGGGAGAAGUGGGAGGCUGCAGUCCGCCAGAAAGACCAGGGUGGUUAUGAUGGCCGCUUAGGGCAUGUGAAGUUUGAAGAUGUCAAGGCCGUCAAUGACGCCUUGAGGAAGUACGAUGUAUUGACCGACCGGCUCGACGCAUUGGUUCAUAUCGAUGCGCACGACCUCCACUUUGUCUACGACUGGAGACAGGAACAGGAGAGAACGCUGCGUGCAACCAAAGGAACCGGAAUGACUGAGGAGCAGGUGUCUCAUUUUGUUGACGGCUAUUACCCGUCUUAUGAACUCUUCACUGAGGCACUUCGAGAAGGUGCCUUCAAGCCUGCGUCGAACUCAAAUGACACCAACUGGCAAGGCAGACAGCUCCGUCUGAUUGUCAAUAAGGAGAGGAGGGUCGAUGAAGUCAUUGAGAUUUAG